CGAUCGGUGCCUCUCCUUCACGAAAUUGUUUUCCGUGUAUAGUUAGCAAGAUAUUUCAGAUCGAUGCAUGGUAGGUGUUGCUCUGAAACUCUGGCAAUAUUUUGCUGAAUUAACUGAAGAAUCAACGUGGAAGGCAAGCGAUUUAUUUGCAACGUUUGAAAUACAACAACAACAACGUAUGAAAUCCUUGCAGGCUGGGUAAAGUCAUUCAAGAAGGUAAUUCCAAGGCAUACAGUGUAUACAUGGCGUUGACAUUGGAUGUUGCGGAUACUGAUGAUUUCUGUCAAUCAGAUCCUCUGAACUUAGAGGAGAUUAACUUCUCGUGCGUCACUGGUGGUAAUGAAGUUGAUGAUGACGAAUUUGACUGUGGAGACAACAUAUUUCAAAAAGUUGAAGAGCCUGUACAGGGAAAUGUCAUCAGCGAAAAGAACAAGUGUGUCUUGAAUCCAAAUUGUCAGAUCGAUCCAGUGGGUGAGAGACUGUACACAGAACUCCAGCCUGAAGAGGGAAAAGCCGAUGUGCAUUGUGAACAGAUUGUCAAUCCAAGAAAAGAUAUCAUUGCAGGAGAACAUAGAAUUAUCGACGAAACUCAGAGCACUGAUGUUGAUCAGGUAGGUGUAGAUUUUGGGUCACAUAAUGGUGAUGACAGCCAACCUGAUUGUGUUCCAUCUGAGUUGAUCGCUGCCCAAGCAGAGUGGGACCAAGUACAGUGUAUAGAAGCUGGUUAUGCUGACCCAUCUCAUCCAGGACAGACCAAGGAAAUCAACACAUCAGCGAUAACAUUUAGUGAAGCCUUACAACAUUUUCAGACAUCUGACUUAAAUCAUCUGAAACCUGAGAUCACAACCUCAGUCCAUCGAACAGGGUUUAGUGCGUUGCGUCAUUUCUUGUUCGGACCACCUGCUCUGAACAAAGAGUUGUUAACUGAGAAAGAAAUGGCAUUUUGUAUAGCGGCUUCAGAAUUUGACAAUAAGAGUGAUGUUCACACAAGAGUUUUGCAGACAAUAUACCGGACUUUAACAGGCUCCAAGUUUGACUGCCCUCGAUAUGGCAGCCAUUUUGAAGAAAUUGGUUUCCAAGGGAACGAUCCUGCCACUGAUCUUCGAGGCGGGGGAUUUCUGGGAUUAAUGCACAUCCUUCAUCUUUUGACUGACCAGCAAACUUUGCCCUUGGCUCGAAACAUAUACAAACUGUCAAUGGAUGAAACACAAAACUUUCCUUUCUGUUUGAUGGGAAUUAACAUAUCUAGGAUAACACUGCAGGCAGCAAGGGAAGGGUGCCUGAAUAAGGAAUGCAACCGACGAAAGCAGGUAGUUGCAGUUAUGAAUGAUUUUUAUGUGGGAACCUAUCUACAUUUGUACGAGAUUUGGAAAUAUCAGCACAAAACCAUAGGAGAUUCUGGAUUUGUUCUAAAGGACGUGGAAUUCUUUGCCAAGAAAAACCCUAAGUGUAUACUGAAGAAGCUGGACACAUACUUAGCUAAACAGAAACAAAACUCUGGUGCGUCAUCAAGUUUUACAGGGAGUGGUGAUAAAGUGGCGAUAGAUAAGCUGACAUAAAAUUGGGAAUCCACUUGUGAUAUAAAAUAAAGUCCGUG